AUGGCUGACCCUGAGAAAUGGAGCUCGACACCUCCACUAAACCUCACAGAAAGCCAGCAUCGUGUUUCUGCCAGUUCCAGUGCCAAAACUGCGUCGGAACACAGCUUAGAAAUUGCAAUUGAUGAUCCCGAUAAAACCAUAACGCCCCAGAUCUCCAGAGCUUCGCAACCACCGUUAUCAACGAAGAUCACGUCCGUCGGCACUACGGGCACCUCAGACCCCCACUAUGAAGUGGAUUGGGAGGAUGAACAUGACCCCGCGAAUCCGAGGAAUUUCCGCUUGAGAUCCAAGGCGAUGAUGAUAGGAUGUCUUUCUUGGAGCACAUUUACUGUGAUCCAUUAUUCUACUAGCUAUACUGCAGGCCUUGCAGAAGUAGCUAGAGAGUUUGGUACUUCAGAGAUCAUAGUGACACUGGGCUUGACCUUUUACCUCAUUGGCCUCGCUAUAGGUUCUGUCAUUCUAGCUCCGUUGAGUGAGAUGUACGGCAGAAAACCCGUCUCGAUUGCAAGCAUGUCCUUGUUCAUGAUUUUAAUUUUACCGUGUGGGGUUUGCAAAUCGGUCGCAGUGCUAAUUGCCAUGAGGUUCUUUGGCGCUAUAGCAGGCAGUGCUAUGGUUUCCAGUGCCCCUGGCUCAGUAGCAGAUCUGGUGGAUGAUGAACAUCGAGCUCUAGCAUACUCCAUUUGGAGUAUUGGGCCCCUAAAUGGGCCAGUGUUUGGACCCAUCAUCGGUGGGUAUGUAACACAAUACCUGGGAUGGAGAUGGACCAACUGGCUAUCGAUGAUAUUUGCCGGAAUUGCGUUGGCUCUUCUUUGCUUCGUGAAGGAAACCUAUACUCCAGUGCUCCUUCAGAAGAAAGCCAGGCGUCUUCGAGCAGAAACAGGUGACUCUCGCUGGUGGAGCCGAUACGACUAUAGAGCUUCCCUGACCGAAGUCCUAAAAGUCAACCUAAGCAGACCAUUCGCAAUGGCAAUACUUGAGCCGAUUUGCAUCUUCUGGAACUUCUACAUUGCCGUAGUCUACGGCAUUCUAUACCUCUGUUUUGUCGCCUAUCCAAUCGUCUUCCGCCAAAUCCGCGGUUGGGCCGUUGGAGAAUCCGGCCUUGCCUUCCUCGGUAUGGGUGUCGGCUCUCUUACAACCGUUGCCGUCGAACCCCUCCUCCGCCGCAUGAUCAACAGGCACAAAGCGGAUCCAGAAACGGGCAAAGUGCCACCUGAAUCCAUGGUAUCUGUCGUCUGUAUAGCCGCCGUCCUAAUUCCAGCCGGCGAGCUCUGGUUUGCGUGGACCUGUGCUCCAAAGGAAAUCCACUGGAUCGCGCCAAUUCUCGCCGGCAUCCCCUUUGGUGCGGGCAAUACAGCUGUAUUCAUCUAUGCAUCCAAUUACCUAACGUUCAGCUAUGGCGUGUAUGCCGCAUCGGCUAUGGCAGGCAAUUCCGUCAUGAGAAGUACUCUUGGUGGUGUGCUUCCGCUUGUCGGGCCGGCACUUUACAAGAAAUUAGGGCCCAACUGGGCUGGUACUCUCUUGGGACUGCUGGAAGUUAUGAUAAUUCCAAUUCCGUUCGUGUUUUACAAGUACGGGUAUAAGAUUCGGAUUAAGAGUGUGUUGAUAAGGACGAUGCAGGAAGAUAAGAGGAAGCUGGAUGGCAAGAGGACAAGAGAUGCGAGCAUUGGGAAGAACCAAAAUGAAGACGAGGCGGAGAAGGACGGUGGAGGAGGGGUGUUAGUGCAUAAGGAAGAGGUUUGA